CGCUCACAUCAACAUCUGUCCUCCUGACUGUUAUCCAACCUUAACAAUUGCCAAUGGAGGGAUUUGAAUUAUCGCUAUAUCAAGAGCAGAUACUACUCUUUCUUGCUGACUAUCAGUUUCCAAGUCAAAACUUGCAAAGGGCAUGUCUUUUCAAGCUAAUCACCCUUUUCGAUACGGUGCUCAAAAUCCGCCAUUGAGCGGCGACGAUGCACCAACACAGGAUCAGGGACAAUAUAAGGAACUACAAUACCUAGACUCUGUGGCACUACAUGCAAGCGUUCCUCAACCUGACUAUGCAAAUGCAACCCCUGAUCAGGACAACGGCGCGAUUGAUCCAAGUCUGUUGAUGCAGGCUGCGACGCCAGAGCAUCAACGGCUUCAGCUACUUGCACCAUCCCAUGACGCAUGAGCAAUUGGUGAUUUGCAAUCGAACCACCAGCGACCCAUGGUCCCUGCUGAAGCCACGAUGCAAAUGGUGUUUGAGCCCUCCGGUGAUGCGAUAGUCGCGCAAUCCAACAUUUCCGCAGAUCAGUCUAGGCCUGCGAACCCCCCUCCGAUCGAUACACAAGACUUCUCCGACAAGUCAACAGAUCUGGUAGAAAGAACACCGCGACUCGCUUGUAAUUGGAAAGAUUGCAAACAUAAAGCUGCCGACAAAGCAGAACACGACGAGCAUAUGAAACAACACAGGGCAUGCCCCAAGAAUGACUGUCCUUGGGGAGACGCUAGUGAGGAAAAGGAGAUAAGGCGUCAUGUAUGGAAUAACCAUAGGCCGUGGGCUGAGCAAACCAAUUACCAUCCUAUAGGCGGAACAUGCCCUGACUGCGACAAGGUAUACACAAGACAGGACAAUUUGAAACGUCAUAGGGACGAGUGUCACCAAGGCCAAAAAAGAAAGAAGAAGGAAGUAGAUUAAGUAACAGAUUGUAAUUAAUUUCGUAUUUCUGGUAGUUGAUUCUUGGGGGCAUAUCAAUAGGUAGUUCAUUCGAUAGAAUGAGAGGAUAAUCUUCAGAAUUUCACACUAUUAUCUAAGUAAGCUUCGAAGGAUGAAAGCAAAUUAAGCUUGAAGAAUAAAUAGC